CUUACAAUCAUCUCUUGGAAGUCCCGGCCACUCGGGAGCAGUUAAACCACUAUCGGAAUGUGGCCGAGACCGCACAAAGUGAGCUUGCAGCAACAUUGGUCAAAUUCGAAUCUGCUCAGUCUCAGCUACGGGACCUGCGAUCCAAAAUGCUUUCUAAAGAAGUUUCCUGUCAAGAGUUGAAAGCUGAAAUGGAGAACUACAAGGAAAACAAUGCCAGAAAAUCAUCUCUCCUCACCUCUUUGAGAGACAGAGUUCAGGAGCUGGAAGAGGAAUCAGCGGCGCUCUCCACUGCUAAAAUUAGAACAGAAAUUACCGCUCACUCUGCCAUCAAGGAGAACCAGGAGUUAAAGAAGAAAGUUGUAGCACUAGAUGAGAAAUUACAACAAUGUUUAAAGGAAAACGAGAAGAAUAAGAAUCAAGCCUUGGAGAAUUGCAGGAGACACGAGGAAUUUCUGGCUCAACUUCGUGACUACUUAGAUCCAGAGAAGAAGAAUGAAAAGGCAUCAGAUGAAGAUUUAAUUCUAAAGCUUGGAGAGCUGGGCAAGGAAAAUGCAUUCAUGAAAGGACAAAUUGUAACUCUUGAAGAGACUGUAAAUGUCCAUGAGAUGGAAGCAAAAGCUAGCAGAGAAACAAUCAUGAGGCUGGCUUCAGAAGUAAACAGAGGGCAGAAAAAGGCUGCCUCCUGCCUGGAAGAGAAAGGCAAGCUGAACCAGGACUUGCUCAGUGCUGUAGAGGCAAAAGAAGCCCUUGAGAGGGAAGUUAAGGUCUUCCAAGAACGGCUGCUUGCUGGCCAGCGGGUCUGGGAUGCCUCAAAGCAGGAGCUGAGUCUCUUGAAGACAAGCUCUUUCCAGCUGGAGAAGAGUUUGAAGGCCAGUUUGGAAGCAGCAGCAGCCUCGCAGAGCCAGUACGCCUCACUUAAGGAGAAGAUUGCAGCCCUGCUGGGGGGCAGCUGGGGCACAGUGAGGCCCACGGAGGACGUCCUUUUGGAGAGGAUUCGAGAGAUGGGCAGCCGGGAAGAGAGCGGGAAACGGUAUCUUAAAUUUCUGGAUCAACUUUCAGAGAAGAUGAAGUUGGACCAGAUGGCUGCUGAACUUGGCUUUGACAUGCGUCUGGAUGUCGUUUUAGCUCGUGCAGAGCAGCUGGUCCGCCUCGAGAGCAAUGCAGUCAUUGAAAACAAGACUAUGGCCCACAACUUACAGAGAAAGCUAAAGACUCAGAAAGAAAGACUGGAGAGCAAAGAGCUGCACAUGAACCUCCUCCGGCAGAAAAUAGCCCAGCUGGAGGAGGAGAAGCAGGGGCGUUCGGCCUUGGCCGUGGAGAGGGACGAGGCCAAUCUCACCAUCAGGAAGUUGCAGAAGAAGGUGGAGAGGCUGCAGCAGGAGCUGAGUGUGUGUCGAGGAUUGAAUACUGAGCUCAAAGCCAAACUGGCCGACACCAAUGAGCUUAAGAUUAAAACUUUGGAACAGACCAAAGCCAUUGAAGACCUAAGUAAGUCCAGAGACAAACUGGAAAAGAUGAAGGAGAAAGCUGAGAAGAAGCUUCUAACUGUCCAGUCGGAAUUGGAUACGACAGAGCAUGAGGCUAAGGAGAGUAACGAGAGGGCCAGGAACAUGCUGGAAGUGGUAACCAGUGAAAUGAAGACACUAAAAAAGUCUCUGGAAGCAGCAGAAAAGAGAGAAAAGCAGCUGAUGGACUUCAGGGAGGUGGUUUCUCAGAUGCUGGGCUUGAACGUGACCAGUCUCGCUCUUCCUGACUAUGAAGUCAUCAGAUGUCUUGAGAGACUGAUCCACUCACAUCAGCAUCACUUUGUCCCCUGUGCCUGCCUCAAAGAUGUGACUUCAAGGCAAGACAGGCACCCACAAGGCCACUUACAACUUCUUCAUUGAACACCGUAUCUCUUGAGGGAGAUGGAGCUACGAGAUAGGACACAAUCCUCAAUUUCACAAAUUCCCCAAACCUUUGAAAUCUCAUCAGUGUGUGAAUAUUGUACACUUUGAUGACAGAGUAAGGAUCUCAGAGAUGCCAAACUUAGGUAAAUGUUUGGCAUUAAAAACACCGAUUAUUUUAUUUGCUAGCACUUUGGGACCCAGGUGAAUUCCACCAGAUUGCAUACCCAGAAUGGGAAAUGAUGGUAGGGAAUUAACAUUAUGGGGAAUCCAUUAUGAGUCAGGGGCUCGACUACCCAAUUUAAUUCUCGCAAUAACAAUGUGGAGAAACUUGAAUGGUUUCAUCUUGCAGUCUCCCUGGGGCUCAGAGAGGUGGUCUUGGUUCCCUGCCUACGAUUGCAGGCAGUUAGUGACAGAACCAGAGUGAGCAGCACGUUGGCUCUGUAUCAAAGGCUAGGCCUUCUCUGCUCCUUCACAGACCUCCCUUCUCUCCUGAAGUCCGGUGAUUCUGGUGGAAAUUGCCUGCAUCACAAAGGAAGGAAAACAUCUGUACAAGCAAGAAUUGAAGUCAAAAGUGACUGAGAUUCAUGAGCGUGACCUGUAUGACGUUAGAAAGCAAUACACCUAAUUAUCUGGAUGAAACAUACAUAGGUCUGAGGUCCUGUUGAAAAAAGUACGUGUUUUAAAUGUUGUUACCAGAUCGUAUUUGGUGGUGAUUUUCAAUGUGUGCACAGAGCUGAGUACUUUAAAAAUGUAACUUUUUUCAUGUGAAAUACCCAUAAGAUGAAGAAAUCCUACCGUUUUUUCACCAAUAUGUCACAUGUACUGACAGCAGGGAUACCUUUUCAGGAUCAUGAUUUUAUAAUGAAUUUCUAUCAUUUUCUUCCUUCCUUUUAAAUUUCGAUUUCACAAAUAUUUUUCAGGAAACCGUAUUCUUAAAUUCCCAAGAAAAACAUGUUUCUCUUUUGGGUGAUUGUCUUAUUUCUACCAUAUGAAUAUUUCUUAUAGCCCCUUAAAAAAGCAGCAGUGUCUGAUUAAAGGAGAGGGAAAAAACAGAUUACAUUAAGAGAAAAUGAAAACUCUAGAAGAAUGGAAGUGAGUUUGACAUUUACAGUUUGAAUGGCGGACAACAUGGAAGAAGUGUGACCAAGCCUCUCUGCUGGGGGUGGUCAUGUCUACCUGGCUUUCUCCAUUGCGCGCAGGGUUGAUGCGAAGGAACAUUUUGCUACUGCACAGCCCUGACUGAAGAUGCGAACUGGAUCUGCAACAGGCAGGGGAGGCAGCUGUGUGUUCUCCCAAGGGAAGGUCGGUGGUCUCUGGAGAUCCCUCCACGUGCUCCAAAGAUGCAGUGGCUGCCGCUCUGGACCCAUGUUCACCUGGAGUGAGGGAGGCGACAUCAUUGUUUGGGUCUCUGGGGGAUAGAGUUGCUGAGUGACUGCUCCCCCCAGGCCACAGAAAGCAGUCAUUGAUGGGGGGGGCGGGCCCAGGGGUGGGGCAGAUUGAUUUUGGAUACACUCUCUGUUUUCAUUUUCCAAAUACAAUCUUUGAUGAAUUUCA